AUGAAUAUCCUAAGCUGGAAUGCUCGGGGGUUAGGGAACCCGACUGCAUUCCGUCAUUUACGCUUGCUUAUUUCUGAGCAAGCUCCCUGUGUUUUGUUUCUCAUGGAAACUAAGUUACAAUCUGGUAGUAUCUCCAAAUUCCGAAAUAGUUUGCACUUUCCUCAUGGUAUUGAAGUUCCUCGAAUUGGAUUAAGUGGUGGUCUUAUGCUAUUAUGGAAAUCGAAUGUGGAUAUUGCAAUUAAUAAUUACUCUUCCAACCACAUUGAUUGUUUUGUUGAACUUCAUGGUGGACUAUCUUUUCACUUCACUGGUUUUUAUGGUCAUCCCCAAGUCAGCCACCGAGUUCAUACAUGGACCUUACUCAAAAGAUGUUUUGACAUAGCUCCUCUUCAACCAUGGCUUGUUAUGGGUGAUUUCAACGAGGUACUUUCAAAUAAUGAUAAAAUUGGUGGCCCUAUCCGCAAUCAGCAUCAAAUUCAAGCUUUUCAAUCCACCAUUGAUCUCUGUCAUCUCACUCCACUUACUUUUGAAGGAGAACUUUGUACUUGGACAAAUAAGUGUCAAGGUGCUGGGAAUGUCAAGGAAAGGCUAGAUUAUGGGUUUUGUAAUGAAUUUUGGGCAGAUUUUUACCAACCUGUUACAAUUAAGCAUCUCGAUUUUUAUCACUGGGACCACCGUGCCUUAAAAUCUCAAAGACAUUGGUGUGAGGAUUCACCUGAUCAUAUCUUACAGCUUACUAACAAUUUGGCCUCUUGUGCAUCUCAUUUACAAACUUGGCAUCAUCAGAAAUUCGCCAUUUUGGAUGAGCUCCUCUCUCAAGAAGAAGAUUAUUGGCACCAGAGAUCGAGAAUUUCAUGGUUAAAAUCUGGUGAUUCCAACACGAAAUUCUUCCACCAACAUGCCAAUAACAGAAAUUCGAAUAAUCAGAUUAAGAAGCUUGAAGAUCCUGCUGGUGUUACUUGCACCAGUAGCCAGGAGAUGCAGAGAAUCAAGUUUUUUUUAUCUCAGCCGUACACACCAGAAGAAGUUUACCAUGCUUUGAAAUCAAUGUCCGAAGAUAAAAGCCCUGGUUUAGACGGUAUGUCCAUAAUGUUUUACACAAAUUAUUGGUCUGUUGUUGGUCCUCUUGUAUCCUUAGCUGUCCUUGAUGUUCUCAACAAUGGCUAUGAUCCAACUUUGCUUAAUCGAACAUUGAUUACCCUCAUUCCUAAAGUUAAAAAGCCUACCAAGAUUACACAGUACAGACCUAUAAGUCUCUGCAAUGUUCUGUACAAACUUAGUGCUUUUCUAUCACAACGACUUAUCACUGAUAAUGUUCUUGUUGCCUUUGAAGUUCUUCAUUCACUUAAAAAUAGAAAGAGGGGUAACAAAGGUUUUGCGGCCAUGAAACUCGAUAUGAGUAAGGCCUUUGACAGGGUUGAGUGGCAUUUUAUUCAACAAGUCAUGCUCAAAAUGGGGUUUGGAGAUACAAUUGUUCAGCUGAUUUCUCGAUGUGUGCAAAUAGUAUCCUAUUCUUUUCUUUUGAAUGGUGCUGUCCAUGGUAACAUUACUCCUCGGAGGGGAAUUAGACAGGGAGAUCCACUCUCUCCCUAUCUAUUUCUUAUCUGUUCUGAAGGUUUCUCCCGCUUACUUCAAUAUGAAGAGUCCCAAGGUAAUCUAGAAGGCUUGAAAGUAUCAAGAUCUGCACCACCAGUUUCGCACUUACUCUUUGCAGAUGAUAGUAUAUUGUUUUGUCGGGCUUCUAGAUCUUCAGCUACUGCUGUUAGCAGAUGUCUUGACUUGUAUAGUCGUGCUUCAGGCCAAGUAAUCAAUCAUGACAAAUGUGUCCUCUCUUUUUCGCCAAAUACCAGGGGUAAGCAGAAUUUUUUUCAGCAUUUACUUGGUAUGCCUAUUCAACCAUGUCAUGAACGCUAUCUUGGACUUCCUUCUUUUUCGGGACAUGAUAAAAGUCAGCUCUUUAGUGGCAUUACUGACAGAAUAUGGAAGCUUCUCAAUUCUUGGAGGGAACAACUAUUCUCCAUAGGGGGGAAGGAGGUUCCUCUCAAGGCAGUAGUUCAAGCGAUUCCAACUUACGCUAUGAGUUGCUUCCAACUUCCGGCAAAGCUUUGUCAUCAAAUCGAACAACAAAUGGCGAGGUUUUGGUGGGGUUCUUCAGCUUCUGGAAAUUCAAUUCAUUGGAAGAAUUGGAAUUUUCUUUGUAAAGCUAAAGUGCAUGGAGGUAUGGGGUUUCGAAACUUCAUACAUUUCAACCAAGCUUUGCUUGCAAAACAUGCAUGGCGCCUUAUGGAUUCUCCAAACUCUCUACUUAGUGGAAUUCUGCAGCAUAGAUAUUAUGUAAAUGGUGAUCUGUUAAAUGCUGGUUUGGGUAAUACACCCUCUUACACUUGGAGAUCAAUAGUUUGGGGUAAGGAGUUGCUUAAAAAAGGACUGGGAUGGCGAGUAGGAACUGGUUCUAAUAUUCAAUGUAACUCUCAACCAUGGAUUCCUAAUCAUUCAUCUUUUUUGUCACUGGUUUAUAAGGGAGAUGAUGCUAUGACAGUUGCUCAUCUCAUUACUGGUUCUAGACAAUGGAAUUUAGAGGCACUUCAACAAAAUUUCUCACAACCUGACAUUGAUAAUAUACUUUCAAUUCCAUUGAGCCUUUAUCCAUCUGAGGAUAUUCUGAUUUGGCAUUACUCUUCAACAGGCUGCUACACAGUCAAAAGUGGAUAUCAGUUUGAUGCAGACUCUCAAGAUACUACUGCUCCUAGUAGUUCUAGUUCCUCUAAUGAUUGGUGGCAGAAUUUUUGGAGCUUGAAACUACCAUCUAAAGUCCGUAUCUUUGCUUGGAGGGCUUUUCAUGAUGCACUUCCAACUGCUGCAAUUCUGCACUUUAGACACAUUGCAUCAGAUUCCUUGUGUCCAAUCUGUUUGCAUCUGUCUCGAAUCACUUCAAUGCAAGAUUUCAUGGUUCAUGUCUCCUCUGUCCUCUCCCAAGAUUUGUUUGAGCUCUUUAUAACUGUUAUGUGGUGUUUAUGGAGUGAGAGGAAUGCUGAAUACCAUGGCAAAAAGACUAAACUAGUGCAGAUUAUUUAUGAUUAUGUUGUUAAGUAUUUGGCUGACUAUCGCAAGGCUCAAGCACGAACAUCAUCUUUUACACAGCAGCAUCACACCACUACCAGUGCUAAUAUUCCUGCUGCUACAACCAUGACAGAGAAGCCUACCCCAAAAUGGACAGCUCCACCUCCAGGCCAACUUAAAUUGAAUACAGAUGCGGCAAUAAAUAUGUCUUCAAGUUUGAUUGGUUUGGGUGCUAUACUUCGAAACUCUCAUGGAAAGAUAGUUGCUGCAAUGUCUACAUCAGUCAAAGGGCGUUGCAAACCAGAGGAGAUAGAGGCAAUGGCACUAUCCUGGAGCCUCAAAACACUGCUUCAACUUGAACUACCAGUGCAUCUAAUUGAAACUGACUCACUCUUGGUUGUUCAAAAUUUGAAGAAGUCCACUACACAUCUCACAUCUUUUCAUGCUAUUCUUAAUGAUGUACACUUUCUAGUGUCCAAUUUCCCACGAGCACGGUUUGCUAAUAACGAAGCCCAUUUGUUGGUUUAG